AUGGAGCUGCUGCUAGCAAGCAGCCUCGUCGUGCUCGUCACCUCGCUUGGUCUCUAUCUCCUCGCACUUAACCGACAUCUCACGCAUGACCCGUCGGCAGAGAUGCCAGAGUAUGAGGCGCCUUCGCUGGCCGAGAUCAAGUCGACAGAUUGGCGCUCUAUCGAUAUGACUGAGUUCAUUCCCCGGAGCACUGGACGCAACUACUUGAUCGUUGGGACCGGCCAAGUGGGCACUGCGAUCAUCAAGAUGCUCUACCAGCGAGGCGAGAGGCACGUCAGGUCACUCGACAUGGCUCCCGCCAAUCCGGCUAUCGUGCAGCUAGGCCUAGAUCACCUGCAGCUUGACAUGACCGACCAAGGAGCGGUCAGCGUAGCAUUACACAAACCCUUCUCCAAUGGACGCAAAGCAGAGACGGUCCUGCACACUGCCGCUCUCAUCCGCUUCUGGGAGAGACGGAGCUUCACGCUGUCGAGAAGCCUGCGAGUCAACCGCGACGGUACACGCCAUGUCGCACAAGCUUUUGCUGAACUUGCGCGGGCAGCGCCUGAGACCGCGCACGUGUUCGUCUACUGCUCGUCCGCAAUUCUGCAUCUACGGUCAAAGCGAUUCUUCAGACUCGGAUUCCAGAGCAAGCACGUUCUGCAGCCGCCGUUUCGAAUCGACGAGCGCAGCCCAACCGGCUACUACAAGACAGCAUACACGAUCUCCAAACUGGCAGGCGAGUCUGCCGCGAGGGAUAUAGAAUCUGCUGUGCGCGUUGGCGUCCUGCGGCCCGGAAUGGCGAUAAUUGGCGGCAGCGACCUGAGCUACUCUGCCGUCAUCCGAGGCGAAGUCGAUCUCUUCUGCGGCGGUAAGUUUGUCCAAUCGUUCGUACACCCCAUGGAUGUUGCUGCUGCGCAUCUCUGCUUCGAAGCAGCACUGGUGCGAAAGCCAAUCGCUCCGGGCCAAACUCUUCUCAUCACUGGCGACCGGCGCGUUCUGUCCAACCGAGAUGUGUACAAGAUCCUCGGUCACUACAUGGACAACCUUGCCGUCAAAGAGACGCCACUACUGCCUGUGUAUAUUCUUGCGCAUGUCAUUGAGACGAUCUGUGCGCUCAAUUACUGGCUCACGCGAACGCCUGCGCCCUCUUGGCUGCCGAUGUCCUUGCAAUACGUGCAGCCGGCCACAACGACUAGUCUAACCUCCAAUAUUGCCAUCAUCGACGACCAGGCCCGAGAGCUGAUCGGCUACAAGCCAGCUUGGUCGAACUACGCGACGCUCCAGUGGCUCGCACAGACAUUGCCAAGCAAGGCGCGAGAUCAAGACGCAGUUCGUGCGACGUACCGCUCGGAUCUGUCGGGUGCACGGACCUACCCCGUGAAUCGCAGCCCAGAUUCCCAUGCGAUAGUGGAGCAUGUCGCUGCACCAGCUCGCUCUAGGUCCGGACACCAAAACGUUUGUGACCAGAUCCCGACCUACCAACCUCCAACGCCUGAAGAGAUCAAAGCUGCUGAUUGGCGGAAGAUUGACAUGCUGGAUGCUAUCCCUCGCGACGCGACGGGACGAAACUACAUCGUCUUUGGGGCGGGCCAGGUUGGCGCCGAAAUUUGUGCUCUCCUCGUCAAGAGAGGUGAGGUGAACGUUCGUAGCUGCGAUCUCAUGCCGCCAUCGGACUAUAUCAGUGAACUUGGCAUCGAUCACGUCCAGGUCGAUGUCAGAUCUCGCGAAGCUGUCAAAGGUAUUCUCAACCUGCCAUUCUCGAACGGCCGCAAGGUCGAAACGAUCUUUCAUACUGCUGCCUUGAUACGCUUCUGGCAGCGUCAUCGGUACACACUAGAGGAGAGCAUGGCCGUCAAUGGCAAUGGAACGCACAACAUCGCACAGGAGUUUGCCAACAUCGCAUCGAAAUGUCCCGAGGCCUCCCAUGUGCUCAUCUAUUGCUCGUCAGCGAUAGCAUACCUUCGCCCUCGACACUUCUUCCGACUCGGCCAGCAGAAAGACGCCCUACAGGCGCCGUUCAUCGUUCGCGACGGCAGUCCGGUCGGCUCUUGGAAGACGGCAUAUUCCCUCAGCAAACAAGCGGGCGAGCACGCGAUCGAGCGCGUAGAAGGCAGUAUGCCAAACCUUCUCACCGGCCAUCUGCGCCCAGGCAUGGCUAUAGUCGGCCUCGCAGAUUUAGCCUACGCGCCUGUGCUACGCGGCGACACCAAAUUCAUAUGCGGUGCUGAUUACGCCCAGUCAUUUAUCACGCCAUUCGAUUGCGCUGCUGCACAUAUAUGCUUCGAAGACGCGCUACUCGAGGAGCGGACCGGCUCUGGACAGAAGCUUCUCAUCACAGGCGACCGACGCGUAAUGUCCAAUCGAGAUGUUUUCGCCGUGCUUGCGCAGUUCAGAAGCUUCAAAACUACGGAGAUACCUUUGUUGCCUAUCUUGCUGCUAUCCCAGCUCAUCGAAGUCAUGUGCGAGCUCAAUUACUCCCUGACCGGUCGAGCCCGCCCAGAUUGGCUCCCUUUUUGGGUGGAGCAGCUGCAGCCGUCAAGCGUCGGCUCGCUCGCCAUCAACAUUUCAAUCAUCGACAGCGAGGCGCGAAGAGCAAUCGGCUACAUGCCGAGGUUCAGUAAUGUUGACGCUCUUCAAUGGCUUUCCGAGACAUUGCGAGCGCACAGCUAG